UAAAUUUACUAGGAAAAAUGAACUUACCAACUCCUUGUUGAAAAAAUUGGAAUUCAUUUGACCGAUACGCCGGUUGUUUCAAUUUUGCUUUUUCCUCGGGCUGCUAUAAAACAGUUCAUAAACUCAUGAGGGGACGCAAAUCGUCUGUACUGUAAGUAUCCCGGCGAGUCCCCUACAUUUUCUUAGACUUUUAGUCUAAGAAAAUGUAUGGGGACUGUAAGGUGUCAUAAUCCUGUUGCUGCUGACAUCGAUGUGACAGAUAAUUGCUUUUGCACUGUUUAUACUUGUCAUCAAGUUUCAAUAAGACGGCUAUCAUUUUUCACAAGAAUAAUGAAGUUUUCGUAAAUUGUGAGAUCGGAUGGGAUUAAAAUGGGAUUAAAUCACCUACAGAGCUUAAUAUGUACUUACAGUGCAGACGAUUUGCGUCCCCUUGUGUGACUAAUGAAUAAAAUGUUUUGAGAUACCAUUCGGAAUUUGUCUUUUUUUUCUGCGUGCAAAUCAAGGGUAGACAAAGUUUUUAAAACAUUUAUCUAGAAUUUCAUGGAGUUCACCUCGAUAAUUUUCGUCGGCCAGAGUCAAGACGCGCCAAGGUAAGGGACAUCGCCCUCCAGUAAAAUAAUUUUCCAAAGAAUAAACGUGGCAAGCGUGAGGAAACGCACAUUUUUUUUAUCAUUGUGAUCAAAGCCCAAUGAUGUACCUAAAUUGGUACUUACGGUAUCAAACCAUCGAUUAUGACAGGGUGAGCUUAAUUUUUCUGUCGAGGUCGACGUGACUUCACAUUAAAAGCGUUUUUGACGGAACAAACUAGUGAGCAUCACUGCACGAACUGAGAAAGUAAAAACUUGUAUUUAUCUCCCACGCGUUUCGUCUGACAAUAGUAGACUUCAUCAAGGAUUUUUUCAAGUAGGGUAAAUAAGCUUGCUCAUAUACAAAUAGUAAAUAAGUCGUCUCUUUGCUAUUGAAGCCAAUGGAUAGAAUUGGCCAGGUGCGCCUACGGUGUUAUACAUGCGUGACAUUUUCCGGACGUUACAUGUGCGAGUACAUGAUCCGUUUGAGGGUCACAGAUUUAGAGUAAAUAUUUCACCCCUCAACAUCACGCAAUGUCUCUAGUUUAUAGAGGUCUUAGAACGCUUCAUUAUAUGGAGUUGCCUUCUGCGGGUAGAAGGCUACAAGCGAAUUUCUCAGGCGUAAUUGCCUUUGAUUUCUUAAUUGAUGUUGUCGCAAACCUAGUUUUUGGGAGUCACGAGACAAAAAAAACUUAUCAGGACCCAGUUUCAUGUUCUAAUGGAGAUAAAUGGCAAAUAAAAACACAUUUUCUUGUGAAAUAAAGUCACAAAUGACGGGGGUUCUCUGAAACAAAUAGUGAUAGAAAAGGAUUUCAGUUCUGGUCAAUAUUGACUUUUCACGGCCUACUUCCAAAUCUGAGGGAACGCACUGAGGGAAUAAAAAAACAUAAAUGUGUGAUAAUGCAAGCAAGAGAAUGAAAAUCCAAAUGAAGAAAAAGGAGAAAACAUAGGAACCCGUAUUGCAGCGUGCAGAUAUCUUUCGAGUCAGACCUACACACCUAAGCCCGACACCAUCCAGAGAAACUCGAAAGAGUCCUGCAUAUGAACUAGCUUGCACGUGCACGCAGGAAAGGCCAUGACAAUCAGCGAAAAUGCAAAUGAUAUUUGCAGUCAAAAAACAGAAAAAUAAGAUAACAGAAGGAUUAAGAACUUUCUAGAAGUAUCUUCUUGAAAAAAAAAAAAGAUGAACAAUUUUUACUUCUCAUGAAAAGUCACGCAGUAACCCUACAAAUACUAUUUCUAUACGUGGAAUUUCUUGAUGGUGGAAAGUGGAAAAAACAUUUUCCAGUCUUAUUUUCUGGAAACAUGGCGUAGUUAAUGAAUUUAUGGGGCUAUUGAUAUUUCCUAUCAAAUAAGGGGGGCAGAGUUUCCCUAGAGCAAGAAGUGCGUGACAGGUGUAGUUGAGAGAAACGUGUCACAAUCGCAGAUUUUAAAAGGUAUCCAAGACAAAAAUACGGUAGUGCCCAAAGAUUUUUUUGAUGAUUUUCAGAGAUGAAAUGAUGGGUUAUAAAGGGUAAUUAAGAUCAGUGUUGUAGCUUUCUGGCAACGGGAGAUAUUUGAACUCAAAGUUGUAAAAUAUUUAGAUCAAUCGAAAAGUCUAAAAACACAGUCGUAUAUUUGCCUCUGUUGAUUGACAAGCCGUCAAUCAAACUGACUGAUGCUCGCGGCGGCCAUUAACUAAGGAUGUAAAAAUAUGUGUGCAAAUCCUCAAGUAAUCAGUUAAAUACCAUCGCAAUGAGAGCUUCAUAUAUUUUACCUAUUUGAAGCGAUUUCAUUAGUGAAAACCAAGAAAAACCGGGGGGUGGUCUAUCUCCCCACGGAAAAACCAAAACAGAAACCAGUCUGUUUUUUUUUAGUUUUGGGGUAGAGCCUUUAAACUGACAAAGUUUCAUUGAAAUCGGUGGGAUGGCAUGUAGCACGACUGCCCGGUGCUCUCGUGGACACGCUCUUAAGUCACUAUCUAGCUGUUUUAGAAAGAAGGAUCAGGACUUACCUAACUCUUAGUGUUUUUGUGUGAGUUGUUGAUCCCAAUUUAAGUGUUCUUAGAAGUUUCAGUUGUCUGUAAAGCUAAAUAAAUCUAACUGAAACCUAGUAGGGCCUGUUUAUUCUUUUCCGUUUAGUUUCUUUGUUUUGUUUUGUCUUUUUUUUUCUUCUGGUCUGUAAUGAUUUCAAUGGUUUCAGGUUCUUUUCUCAGAAUUGAGCUACAGUAAUAGUAUGCUUCUUUGUGUUGUUGCCUACAGGAGCCGCUGCUUGUGUUGAAUUGAAGAGAUUUGCAGAAGCAAUCAGUUGGUGUGAUAAGGGACUAGCUGUAUCCUUUGAAGGAAUCGUUCAUUUUUAACCGUGGGUAUAAAAAAAAAGUUUCCAUAAUUUGAUGUUUCAAGGGAGAAAAUACAAAGAAGGGUAUUAAUUAUGAUGGGAACUUGUCAGCUCAUAUACUUUAAGUGUGUGUGAUUAAAAAUAUAGGAGACGUUAUUACCUCAUGACUUAUUAAUGAUAUUACUCCUUUUAGCCAAUUUGACUUAGUUCUACUAUCCAUGCCAAUAACUGUUACAUUAGUUUAAAUAACCCUUUACUUUCCCAGACCAAAUUUGUAAUUAUCCUUACUGUCAACCAUACAAUUCUUGUAAUGUUAGUACAGAGAAUUCAGUAUUGCAUCAACUAACUAUUUUCAAAUUGAUAUAUAUUUUUUUACUCUCAACACUUAUCUGAUUGAUAUUGUAUUGCUAUUGUAAGGAGAAAUUCUCUUUUGGUCACUCACGGGAGUUAAAGGGUUAGAAGACUAAUAUUCAUCCAGUUUAUACAUAGUACUUGGGUAGAUGAUCUCUCUAAAACAAGCCAGAACAAAAAGCUCGGUAAUGUUUACAUAUCUUAUGCAGAUUUUCUUGCCUUCGACCUUUUUCCACUACUUAGAGACUCGGAAACUUUCGUUGUGCCUUCCUAUGGACAAAUACAAAUUUUAAAGACAUGUAUUUGUGUUGUAGACUCAUUUCUUCCACUUUUGUAAAACAUUUGUCUGAUGUAAAAGCUAUAUUAAUUUAAAAAUUGAGCAAGUGCUGCUCAGUUUUUGAAAACUAAGGAUUAAAUCUAGAUAUUUCGCGUUAAAUUUUUAUAAAUCAUCUACCUUUGAUGCAAAGCCCUCCUAAUGGGCCAUUUUAUAGUUGUGUACUUAGUUGCCAAGCCUUUGAUUUGGAGUGAGGCUGAAGGUGACCUUGUUGUGAUAGAGACCAGUAUCUAGAAACGAUAAUAACAAAGUAGUUUGCAUUUAAAAAGCAGCAAUGUUUUUAUCAUAACAAGGUCACCCUUAAUCAUCGCUCUUGUUCAGAAGCUUGGGAACCAAGCACACAAAUGUUAAAAUGGACCAUUACAUAUCGAUAGGAUCAGAAACAUAAUCUUUUUUGUUUUUUCCACGUUUUUAAUCCUUAACAUAAAAAAGAUUGACAAAAACAAUAGGAUCUUGUUGUCAUUAAGACUUCAGUCUGUCAGUGAAGUGGGAGAUAAGUCCAUGGAGGAAAAAGAUCCUAUUAGUCAUGACCAUGGUAGUGCAAGUUCAGGUGAUGUCAAGAAAGUCAUAGAUCUCUAUAAUCGGGGAGAAGAAGCCAUAGAGUACCUCAACCUAUAUCUUAAAAAAGCUAAAGAAGUAGGAGACAAGCAUGGGGAGGGUGUUGCUUAUGGCAAUCUUGACAAUGCUUAUAACAGUCUAUGUGAUUUAAAAAAAGCCAUAGAGUACUACAACCUAUGUCUUAAAAUAGCUGAAGAAGUAGGAGACAAGCAUGGGGAGGGUAAUGCUUAUGGUAAUCUUGGCAAUGCUUAUCACCAUCUGGGUGAUUUCAAAAAAGCCAUAGAGUACCACAACCUACGUCUUAAAAUAGCUAAAGAAGUAGGAGACAAGCAUGGGGAGGGUGAUGCUUAUGGCAAUCUUGGCAAUGCUUAUAUUAGUCUGGGUGAUUACAAAAAAGCCAUAGAGUACUACAACCUAUGUCUUAAAAUAGCUGAAGAAGUAGGAGACAAGCAUUUGGAGGGUAUUAUUUAUGGAAAUCGUGGCAAUGCUUAUGGCCGUCUGGGUGAUUUCAAAAAAGCCAUAGAGUACCACAACCUAUGUCUUAAAAUAGCUAAAGAAGUAGGAGACAAGCAUGGAGAGGGUAACGCUUAUUGCAAUCUUGGCAAUGAUUAUUUUAGUCUGGGUGAUUUCAAAAAAGCCGAAGAGUACCACAACGUACAUCUUAAAAUAGCUAAAGAAGUAGGAGACAAGCAUGGGGAGGGUAAAGCUUAUGGCAAUCUUGGCCGUGUUUAUUUAAGUCUGGGUGAUUUCAAAAGAGCCAUAGAGUACCACAACCUAGAUCUUAAAAUAGCUAAAGAAGUAGGAGACAAGCAUGGAGAGGGUAACGCUUAUGGCAGUCUUGGCAAUGCUUAUAUUAGUCUGGGUGAUUUCAAAAGAGCCAUAGAGUACCACAACCUAUGUCUUAAAAUAGCUAAAGAAGUAGGAGACAAGCAUGGGGAGGGUAAAGCUUAUGGCAAUCUUGGCCGUGUUUAUUUAAGUCUGGGUGAUUUCAAAAGAGCCAUAGAGUACCACAACCUAUAUCUUAAAAAAGCUAAAGAAGUAGGAGACAAGCAUGGGGAGGGUGUUGCUUAUGGCAAUCUUGGCAAUACUUACCUCCUUCUGGGUUAUUUCAAAAAAGCCAUAGAGUACCACAAACUAGCUCUUAAAAUAGCUAAAGAAGUAGGAGACAAAUCCUUGGAGGCAAUGGCCUGCUCUUCACUAGGAUGCAUUUUUGAGUUGCAAGGUGGACUGCCAAAAGCCGUUGAACAUUACCAAGCUAGCAUAAACUUAUUCAAUUCCUUGAGAGCACUUCUAAAAUCUAAAGAUGAGUGGAAAGUUAAUUUUCGAAAUCAGCAUCAAAUGGCGUAUACGGGUUUGUGGAGAGUUCUCGUAGAACAAGGUAAUGUAGAUGAAGCCUUAUUUGUUGCUGAGAAAGGACGAGCUCAAGCUCUGACCGACCUCAUGGAAUCCAGUUUUUGCGGUGGAACAAGUCACCACAAGGGAGAAGAUGAAGAUUUCACAGUUUUAAAAAACGUUCCAUCAAACACUGUCUUUCAGGCACUGGGCAGAGCUAACGUCAAUCUUUGGGUUGUGUCCGAAGGAAAACAAGUUCGGUUAAGACAAAGCAAACUCAAAAGUUUUGUUUCAGAGAAUAGUGAAUCUAGCCAGUCCUUUGAGUCGUUCAUGCUCGGUGUCUAUACACAACUUGGUGUUCGUUCUAAUGUGAGAUGCGAGAAUCGAUCUUUAGAUGCAUUGAGGGCGGGCCGUUCAAAAGUGGAUGAGAAAACCAAAGAAGCCAACCCUCAACCUCACAUCCAACAAGACGGAUGCUUGAGCACUUUGUAUGAUAUCGUUAUGAAGCCGGUGGCUGACUUGAUUGAAGGGGAUGAGCUACUCAUUAUUCCUGAUGGACCCUUGUGGAUCGCUCCUUACGCUGCAUUGAAGGAUGGUAAUUCUAAAUACCUAUGUGAAUCGUUCACAAUCCGAGUCGCUCCAUCGUUAGCAAGUCUUAGACUCAUUGCCGAUUGCCCAGAUGAUUAUCACAAAAGCAGUGGCGCGUUACUUGUAGGAGAUCCGUGGGUAUCCGAGGUUACUAACAGCGAGGGAGAGAAAGUCCUCGAGCAGCUUCCGUGUGCUAAAGAAGAAGUAGAAAUGAUCGGAAAAAUUCUGAAUAUCACGCCAAUCACUGGCAGACAGGCCACGAAAUGUGAGGUGUUGAGAAGACUCAGUUCCGUUUCCUUAGUUCACUUUGCGGCACACGGAUGUAUGGAAACUGGCGAAAUUGCUCUUACACCUGACCUAGACCGAAUAUCUAAUGUGCCUACGGAGAAGGAGGAUUACAUUUUAACGAUUCGAGAUGUGUUGAAUGUUCAACUUCGCGCCAAACUUGUUGUGCUCAGUUGCUGCCACAGUGGUCGGGGCGAGAUCAAGGCUGAAGGUGUGGUUGGCAUUGCGCGCGCUUUUAUGGGGGCUGGUGCUCGGUCUGUUGUGGUGUCCCUGUGGGCGAUUGAUGACGAGGCUACUCUCCAGUUCAUGAAAUGCUUUUAUCAACACCUUGCAGAAGGUAAACCUACAAGCAAGUCACUGAACCUGGCCAUGAAAAGCCUCAGAGAAUCAGAUGAGUUCCACGACAUCAAAUACUGGGCGCCCUUUUUGCUGAUUGGAGAUGACCUCACGUUUGACCUG